UAAAUUUUUUCUAACAUUUUUUUUUGUUGUAAUUUUUUUUAUAAUCAUCAUAAUUUAAAUAAAAGGUUUAUCUUUAUAUUCUUUAAUCAUUUUUUUAAAUAAUCCUGAAUGAUAAUUGCAAAAAAUAUCUAGUUCCAUAUCAAUGAUUUUAUCGGGUUCAGCCAAUGCCACAUUACAAUUGAUAAUUUAUUGGGAAAAAAAUUUAUUUUUCACCGGUCAUUCAAUAAAAAGUACCAAUAUAUUCUGAAUGCUUAUGCAUUUGAUAAGCACAAUUCUGAUCCCAUAAAAUGUGGGAUUUAAGGCCAACUCAAUUAGAGUCACCUGAUUGCGUUGGGAGAUGAAUUUUAUCAGUAUUUAUCUACACUGUUUUUUAUAUCCUUGGAUCACGAUGUUGUGCAUGUAUAUAAUAGUUUGCGAACCAUUUCCCAUGACUAAAAGACCGACAAACGAUUCAAAAUUAUUACUUAUCAAAAAGAUUAAAGUGAGGAAACAAAUUAUGUCUGGAGAAGACGAUACACCUCAUAGUUGGAAUUCUAUGCCAAAUUUAGUAAAAGAGAGUUCGGUAGGAGAUAACAAUCUUAAGCCAUCAAUUAAAAAUAAUUUAUAUAUUGACCCCUCAAAUAAGACCGCCACCAUCAAGCAUUCAUCUCAUCAUACUUUGAUAGGACUUGGAUUUAGAGACCUAUCUGUUAAAACAGCUUAUAACGUAAUGUUAGUCACCGAAGGUUCGAUUAACAAUAAUUCCUUCGUGCUAAAUCAAAUCGAUAAACCAUCUCCUACACGCUUAUUCAAUUUCAAACAAAUACCACUGAAUAAGUCCGCUUCCAGGCCUAAUUUAUUCGAUCGUUUACAAUACGACUUCAAUACAUCUAAAUACAAACCUCACAUAUCCAAUAUUAUCCCCGACGCCUCGACAAACGAAACAAGCGUACAUCAAAUGCUUAACAAUGUAAUAUAUAGGGGGGCCAAUUCUAGCCCCCAAAUCAAUAGAAGUAGUCUAUACAAUUCCCAAUUACCUCAAUUCGCAACCCAUAAAAGCAAUGAUAAUACUGAUAUCUCACAUCUAUCUAAGAAAUUUCAAAUACAAUACAACACCGAUUCGAUAAAUAAUACCAAUAUCGUCGCUUUAAAAAAUGCUGAUAAACAUUCAAAUCGAAACAAAAAACGCGUUAAUCCAUUAAGUCCCCUACUCCCAUCUCUCAUCUCCGACACGCCCUUGUCCCCAUUUUUCGCCAAUAUUAUGAACAAUGUUAUGCAUCGUAUAUCCAAGCGUUCAGUCAGAAGUCACUAUUACACUAACAACGUUUCUUCUAACAAUUCGCCUCGUUCUCCAUACCAUGACCAUUUAACGAUUCAUAAAAUCGAAAAAUGCCGCUCAAAUGAAGGCGAAUAUUCGUGCCCUAGUUUAACUAGCGACCGUCGAAUUGUUUGCGUUGAAGAAAAGAGCAUUUGCGAUGGCAAAUACGAUUGUCCAUUAGGUGAAGACGAGGAUGGCAUUGCUUGCUUAUUUAGAAAAACGACUUUAUUCCAUCUGAAGCAACUAAUCGAUGUCUUCGCGGAAAUGAAUGAAGGAAAAUAAAUUUUACCUUGUGGCAAUUUUAGUUAACCACUAAUCUUUACAAAAUUCAAUUAUAUAAGUGCCAAGAAAAAAAGUGAUUAUAGUCAAAGACAUACAUAUAUUAUCCCUUAACGUAUUAAUUAAACUUUCAUGGAUCGUGGCUUAAGUUGGUUUUUUAAAAAUCCGCGACGCAUGAUUAGACAAACCAGUCUGUAUUUAAUUUAAAAACAUUCCCAAUGAACCUAAUAAUUUCGAUCGACAAUAUUCACAUUCAACACAAAACGUUUUUAUCAACAUAAUUUUGCAGUCCGUUCUCAAGGAAAAAAAUAAAAGUAUCCUUAGUGAAUUAGUUGUUAUCAUCGCGUGUAAGUCGUUAUCCAAGCAGAUCCCGAAGUUCCCUUAAAUUUGUGAUUAUAUUAGUUCUAUAACCUGAAAAAUAUUUCGAAUAAAAACGAGCAUUUAUACGUUAGCUUAUAUGCAAAUCAUAAAAAUAAAUAGUGAAAUGUAUAUGGUCAUAAAAAAAUGUUACAAUUAUAAAGAAUUUUAAUUUAUCGCCUUACUAAAUAUUACGAGGGAAAAAAUUAUUUGUUAUAUGUAAUUUCGAACAAUAUUACACGUAAAAAACAUAAAAUGUGUCCUCAUUUUUCGUGAAUCAUUUUAAUUUUAUUUACUAAUAUAUUUAUAAAUAUACCUAUGCUUUUA